AUGACCAUAACCACCGCUAAGCUCAGUAUGAAACAGACAGAAGUUGAUCUUCUGAGCGAUUACAGUAUCCAACUGAAUCGAUGGUUCUUGAAACCGAUAGUAGUCCCGUGUAUACUGUACGUAAUUUACGAGUGCGAUGAUGCUGAGAUGAGAGUCAUGAUGAUGGGUCCUCUGAACCACUGGUUCGUAGGAGGCAUCAAUUACACAACACUGCUGUUCCGUGGGAAAGACAUACAGCACUGUGUGAAAAUCAUACAAACCGAUUGGCGAGCUGCGAAGAGAUUAGAGGAUCAAAGGAUUAUGUUGACAGACGCGAAAUUCGGACGUUAUGUGGCUGUAGUUUGCGCGGUCUUCAUGCAGGGUGGCGUUAUGUACUAUUGUGUGACAACAGGAUUAACUACGGAGAUCGUUCAGGUUGGAAAUGAGACCAGAAUUAUUCGUCUGCUACCAUGUGCGGCUUAUACCAAGCUGCUACCAGUAAACACCAGUCCCACAAACGAGAUCAUUUUCGUCAUACAAUUAUUUUCUGGUUUCAUUGUAAACUCCACUGCUGUUGGAGCUUUCAGUUUAGCUGUAGUGUUUGCCGCUCACGCUUACGGUCAAUUAAAUGUGUUAAUGAUGUGGAUCACGGAGCUUGUGAAUCAAUCGAGAGGACAUAAAAAGGACAUCUAUUUCAAUUACAUAGCUGUUGUCGUAGAGAAACAUCUGCGCAUCUUAAGCUUUAUAUCGCGAAUCGAAGAUAUAAUGAGUAAGAUAUGCUUCAUGGAAUUGUUCAAGUGUACAUUUUGUAUAUGCAUGCUUGGAUAUUACGUGCUCAUGCAUGCGGCUAAUCAUGAUUAUCAAGAAAUGAUUACUUGUAUCGUUAUACUUAUUUCCAUGGCGUUCAACGUUUUUAUAGUGUGCUAUAUCGGUGAGCAGCUAUCAGAACAGUGCAAAAAAGUUGGCGAGGCAGUGUAUAUGACAGAGUGGUAUUACUUACCCGAAAGAGAAAUCCUUGAUUUAAUACUGAUCAUUUCACGAUCUAAUGUGGCGAUCAAAAUGACUGCUGGAAAAUUUUUCGAAAUGUCGCUUGUUACAUUUACUACUGUGAUGAAAACCGCCUUUGCAUACCUCAAUGUACUACGACAAAUGGUAUGA